AUGAGUUAAUUUCAAGAUAGGAAAUUAAUGAGUUUAUCAUUGCCUGGAAGUCAUAACUCAGGAACUUACUAAACAAAAGAAUUUAUUUGGGCCUUGUAGAAUUAUUCGAAAUCAUCUAAAUUCUACGAAAAUAAAGAAGCUAAGAAGCACAAAAAGUUCGAAUACUACUGUGGUCAUUCUUUCUAAAUGGUUCCUUUAGAUAUUGCCUUAGCUGACAUUGUUAAAUUUAUUGAUUAAAAUCCUUCAGAAGUUAUUGUAGUACUUCUAAGGACUGACUAUUCACCAAUAAAGUUAGACCUAAAUAUUUGCAAAAUGCCAACUGGGUCUAUUGUAAAAAAGAUUAAAAAAGAUUUUGAUGCUUACAUUAAUUACGCAAUGGAUAAAUUGGGUCAUGAAAGAAUUGCUUUAGAUUUUAACAAAAAUACCCGAAUCAGAGAUCUAGUUAACAAAGGGAAGAACUUGGUUCUUUUUGUUAACGGAAAUCUCUAUCCUUCGAAAAAAAUAAAUUAGAAUGUCUCAUGGAGUAAGACAUUACAUCGAAAGCCCCAUCAGAAUAUAAAGCUUUGUAAAGAUUGGUGUGAUAUGUAAAAAGCUAUUGAGUUCGAUCAAACUCAUUCUGAAAGUCAUAUUGAUUUAGACUAGAUUCAUUUAAAUCAAGUGAGUGAUCAUGAUUUAUUUGAGUAAUGCGAUGAGUUUCAUCAAUUGACAGUGCAGAUAACUUUGGAGGAUAUGAGUAUCUUAAAAUGGAUUGGCGAAAUUAUUUUUAAUAGGGAUGAUGGUUUAAGAUACUAUGCCAGUCAAAGUAACAAGCUUUUAGAAGAUUGGUGCUCUCAUCCUGAAGAUCGUGCAAAAUUAAGAAAAGUUCAUGGAAUUAUGAUGGAUUACGUAUAUCCUGAAGUCUGCUAAAAAGUAAUUGAUAUUAACAGUAUUUGA